UGGAUGGCGAGCAGUCACAGUGCAAUGGAUCUCGUAAACAAUUGCAAUAAUUUUAUCCAUAUCAUCGCCAAUACCAAUGAAAAUGUGGCACAAAAAGCAUACUCGAUGGAAGAAAUUAAGUCUUCCGCGAUAGCCAGUGGAAACAAUGUGAUACAAAGUGCAGAAGCGGUGCUAAGCGAAGGCGAAGGUGUGAACCUGGAGGCUGAGGAAAUGUCGAGGAAGCUGCAGAGGAUUUGUCGAUGCUGCUUGCUUGAGGAUGAUAAGCUACGGGAUAUCUUCGAAGAAGGGGAAAAUAUCGUGGAAAUGCUGAUGAAUUUUGCUCAUAUUGAUAUCCGCCUUGACGAUGUUCUCCCGACAUUAAUUUGCUUGAACUGCACCAUGCAAAUAGGUCGGAUUUUUGAGUUCAAGGACCAGAUUGAAAUGGCUGAAGCCACUUUGAGGCACUUCGUGAGUGUAAAUUCUCACCAGGCAGUAAAACUGACCCAUUCUGAGGACAGUUUGACUGAAAUUCCGUUCAGCGAGAAGACACAGGAAAUCCUGCAGACCGUGGACGGUCAGUCGAGUGAGGAGUCGAACUGUGGAAGUGAUUGUCCAAUAAGUCCGGGAGAGACUGUUCUGCGGUGUCCCAUACAAGAAAUACAACUGCGCCAGGAAGUGGAGGUCAUUAAGAUUUCCAAAAGAAUCAAGCAAGAUCUGAAAGAUGAGGAGAAUCAGCCCAAGCCUUCACGGGAUGUGACAGAGAACGAGGUCAUAUUUCAAGACUACCCAGUUGAUAAGACUGAAAUGACUGAGGAAGACAUGGAAGAGGAAGUGAUAGAAAGCAGAGAAGAGUGCACGUGUCCACUGUGCAAUAAGGAGUACACGAAUGAAAAGCAAUUGCAAAUGCACUUGAAUGACCACCAAGUUUCAUGUAUCGAGAACCAAGUGAAAAGUGAAGAGAAGGAUUCUUCGGAAGAGGAAAAGAGUGACGGUGAAAAUGACGAGGAGGAACUUCAGUUCAAGUGCCCGGAAAAUGGUUGCAGUGUUUCAUUUAAGAUGGAAAGUGAUUUGUACAUUCACAAGUCCAUUCACGUGAAGGAUGGCAAGAAUCAGUGUUCAUUCUGCAAGAAGGAAUUCACCACGAUCGCCCAGCUGAAGAGACAUAUCAAGAUCCAUUUCACGGAUAAACCGCACAAGUGCAAAAUAUGCAAGAAAGGAUUCCCGGAAAUGGGAAGCUUGACCAGACAUAUCCGCACUCACAGUGGCGAACAGAGAGUGAAGAAGCAUUUGUGCACAGUCUGUGGGAAAGGGUACUACGACUUUUACUCCCUCUCCGUCCACACGAGGACCCACACGGGAGAGCGCCCUUGCAUUUGUAGCGUCUGCGGGAAGACCUUCAUAGAUUCGCGCCUUCUGAAUUCCCACCUGAAGAGCCACAGCAGUGAGAAACCGUACAAGUGUGGCAUUUGCCAUCGAAGUUUUACCCACCAAAGUACACUAACGUCCCACCGAAGGACCCACACUGGCGAAAAGCCCUACGUUUGUUCUGUGUGCGGAAAGGCCUUCAUUCAAUCGUCCAACUUGUCGCUCCACAUGCGAACUCACAGCGGCGCCAAGCCAUACAAGUGCGAGACCUGCGGUCGCUCCUUCGCCAGUUCGUCCACUCUCAUUACUCACAAUAGGGUUCAUACAGGAGAGAAGCCGUACAAGUGCGGAAUAUGCGGAAAGGCUUUUGCCAGGAUUGAUCUCUCAGCACACAUCCGGACGCACACCGGCGAGAAGCCCUUCAAGUGCAAUUCUUGCCUCAAGAAAUUCACAACGAAAGGCCAAUUGAACCAGCACAUGAGAGUCCACAGAGAGGAGAAACCGCUGAUUUGCCAAGUCUGCCAGAAACGUUGCUAUUCUGUGGGAAAUCUGAAGAACCACAUGAAAUCUCAUGACAACGAGAGCGUCACAACAACAUUCUGUGAUCCACUGACGACCGAAGUGAUAAAGGAAACAGAGGAUGUAAUUCUCUACACAAAGGACGACAUAAAUCCUCUAAUUGUGCAGCAGAUUCAUCUGGAGCGUGAAGAAAAUCCAGAGAAUAGCGAUGGAGGAAAUAUUGAAGGAUUCAAUUUGCAAGAUAUUGCAGACAAUCAACUGUCCAACAGUCAGCUCUCAGCCAGUUCUGACACGUCAAAGUACAUUGUGAGUAAUGUAAUUCAGGUACCAAUCUUCAUCAGUGCUUCCGAGUGCAGUAACGUGGAAACUAUAGAUGAAAUUAUGUAGUUUUCAGC